CAGAAGCGUUAAUACGUUUCGGUUGUGUUUCUGUUUAUCCUGGCUGCGAGCUGAAAUGUUGGUGUUUAUAUGUUAAUACGUUAACAUUUCUAACUGUCUACUGUUUUCUGAAUUAGGAAAAGCAUUAACUACGUUUAAGCUAGGCUCACUCUAGCAGAGACAUGAGUGAUGAUUCCAAAAGUUUCGAGACCCGGUCCAGCGGUGAUUUAUGGUCAGAGAUCUGCUCGGAUCUGCCAGACCCACCGGAGCACGAUACCACUGACGAACACUUCACAGAUUCAUUCCAGCCUCAGUGUCCUGUGAGCAACCAGAGCAGCUUUACCUCUCCUAGCAACCUUACGUCUUCCAGUCAGUGGGAACCGAUGGCAGACUCUGCAGUCUACAUUGCCAGCUUGGAGAACCGUUUGAAGAGGAUUAAAGGUCAGUCAAAUGAGGUCACAUCAAGGGAAAUGCUGCGUUCCUUGUCCCAGGCCAAAAAGGAGUGCUGGGACAGGUUCCUCCAUGAUGCCCAGACUUCAGAGUUAUUCCAGGAAGGAGAUCUGGAUCAGAGUGCUUUAGAGCAGCUGAAGCGCUGGUUGUCUCCAGAGCGUGUAGCAAUCAGUGCAGAAGAGCUGGAGUACCUCCUCUUGCCGUCUAAGAGCAAAGAGAGCGCUUCACAUCACCCAUCCAGCACAGGUUAUUCCACAGAAGAGCUAGACGAGGAAGAAUGUUCAAGUCCCGAGAAAUAAGUCGCAUCAUUCCCCAAAAGACUGUAGUCCCAUAAAGCAGCAGAUGGUCAUGUAUUUGAGCUUCAGAAGUGAUAAUGAAAAUCUUCAGAGGAAAUAAUGUUGUGGACUUUGAGAUUGAAUUUCAAACCAUACUCUGUAUUUUAAAGAAAAAACAGCAUGUAAUCUCCCACUGUAUUCUCUCUCUCUCUCGCUCUUGCUUUUUGUCUCUGAAACAUGAAUUAGUGUCCAAGUUAUUGAACAGUAUUAUGAUAUUUUUGUUUAGCUUCAUAAAUGAAAACCUUUCAAAGGUUUAACAUCCUGUCUGGCUUUUCCUACCAGGUGUUCAAGAAAACCUCAAAUCAAAAUAGUCAUGUCUGUUCAUGUUUUUGAUCAUAUCAUACACUGUACAUGAUACGCCAUCUUGUUUUUCUGAGAUCUUUCAUUUCUGAUAAAUGUUCUGUGGUUUUUUUUGUUGUUCUUGUUGUGUACUGUUAUCAUGCAUAGUACAGGCUUUUAAUAAUGUUAACCAGUAUCAGGUCAUGCUUCACUUCACCCUUCUCCACAAUCGCUACCAUCGAGCACACAGUUCCACCAGUUUAAUUUCUCUUCAGUGGGCAGAUGAGUUUUAAAUUAGAACACCACACUCAAAUUAAACUCACAUUAAAUAUGUUCAUAUUGAAAUAUU